AUGGUUCUGUACGCCUUUCCACGGCUUCGAAUCCUAAAAUGUUCUUACUCUCAGAUCAGUACUACAGGCUUUGAACGGCUGAAGUCUCCCGUUUUUCAAAAUGUCGAGAUUUUCAUUACCAACUACGAGAAAUCGAAGAAGGACUGGGAAGACAUAUUGACUGCAAUGACAAAAGAUCCAAGCAUCAAGCCUGCGAACCUCAAGCACAUUAUUUUCAUAACGACCAGCUGUGUACCGAUGUACGAUACUGCGCUGGCCGAGGCAUUCCAAGCGGGUAAAUUGACUUGCCAUUUCAGGCGCGAAAUGGCAUACAACGAGAUUUUGGAAUCAUCAUUGAUAGGAAUCCGACGCUUGGGUCAAAAAGCAAAUCACCUCAAUGAGGGUCCCAGCGCAAUACGAAAACAAACUAUGCCACAAUACCGCAUUUUGUCUUCGACAUUCAGCAAUGAUAAUCGAAAUCCAGAUUGUGCUACAUUGGAGCAAUCCAGGGAAUGCCGAUGCGCGACGGUAUUGAACGUUCACCUACAUCCUACAGUUCCAAAAAGCCAAGCCAGAUACCAGGCGAGGAUUAGACCCCAAGCAAAGCCUGAGUUAGGCUAUAUGAAACUUGGCCCUCAAUCUCGCCUCCUGUCUCAAAUCAUUGCAAACCUCUGUAAUAUCGACCACGACCGGAUUGAUCAUCUGUUUAUAUUGCCUGUGCAAACUUACUUUCAACCCAGUCGUUGCUUCAAGAGCACGUGUACAUUUGAAUUUGCACUUUUUUCGCUACCCGCCCGCGCAGCUCGGUACAUCGCUAACAUCCACGCGGACCUCCUUCUGCCAUUUGGACCUAUCUACGCCGACUCAAUAUCAACACAAGUAUAUAAACGGCAUCCGUUGUCAAUGUUUCUCAGAGUGGUGCUGUUUGAUCGUGCUGAUCAAAGUCGGCCUACUAUCCUAUCCUUGCGAACUAUUUUAAGUUUGCGCUACUUAGGCUGCAAUUGGGAUCUCGCGAUUAUGUCUCAUGUUUUCCGAGACCUUGAUUUACGAUUAGCUUUCAUGGUUACCAAUCUCAUCAAAAGAAAGACUUCUUUAUUCUUUGUAUGCGGUAUGCAUCAACUUCGCAGACUGAGCAUUUCACCGAUAUUCUAUUCGAAUGGAACCGAAGACCCGAUUACUUAUCAAGGAAUCACGCUGUCUCUGAGUGUACACCCAUACCCAUCCGACGUAGUCCACAUGCCAGACAUCGAAGCGAUUCUCGAAAUGUGUAGGCUCAGCUUGACAGACCUAAAACUGACUUUUAUAGGUCCAGUGGGGUUUGCUGCAAGCACCAUCAAUGCCUUCAAACGGCUUUGCUCCUUGAAGGUUCUCGUGGUGUGCGUUAGUCCAUCUCGACAUGUAAAAAAUCAUUCGGACUUUUUGAUUCAGCUCCCCAAUGCUGUCCCAUGCUUGGAGUCUUUCUCCAUCGACUUUGCGACACUUAAUAGCUUACAAGGAGAGCGUGGCGCUUGGCAAAACUUGGAACACUUUUACUUUGCGUGUACUUACUCUAACCUUGCCACCAUAAUUGAUUUUUGUCACUUUGAAGGGAAAAAUAUCAAGUUUCUCGAGUACGCUCCGCCGGAGGAUGACGCCGACCAAGCCUGGCCAGUAGUGCUUGCAUUGCAAGACACACUCCAAGCCCUGUCCAUCGAUGUGAUUCCUAUGCUCCUGCCCCACGAUAUCUUCGAUCAGGUAUUUCCACAACUGCGCGUUUUAAAGGCUGCUUACUUUAACACUCUACGACCGGACCUCAACUGGUUGCGACGGCCGUUCUUGCAAAACGUAGAGGUUUUCAUCACGCACUAUGCGCAAUCAAAGAAAAACUGGGAAACGGCCUUGCUUGCUGAGGCUGCAAAGCCGACGACUGAGCGAACUACCUUGAAACACGUAAUACUCAUCACGUCUCUCGGCUCAAGGAUGACAGAUCCAGAAUUGCUCGCGGCUUUUAGCGCGGUAGGAAUAAUGUGCCACUUCAGGGGUGAUAUGUCUUACACUGACGUGUUGGAAUCUAAUGCCUGGGUCAAAAAUCAAACUCCUUUGUUGGAUACUCAAUCCAAAGUGACAGGCUUGGGCUAA